AUGUCUCUGUCCACCCUCAGACUUGGGAAAUGGGUACCGCAUCGCGGUACUAUUCUUGAAACUCCCCUCGCAGAUGUUCCUUAUCCUGCAGUCGACAUCACACCUGUCGAAGCUUAUGGCAUUCCUGGAUUAUCGAAGGAGAUUUAUGAUGCGAUGCGCACUUUCUUCAAUGAAUUGGAUCUGUAUAACGCACUUGACAUCAACCCAUGGUGUGAACUAAAAGAUUCUCAAUACCUUGGUAUUGGCACACCUGAACGUCAAAUACUGCUUCAUUUUUAUGAGCAACACACUGAUCGGAAAGGUGUUUUCGUCAGAGACGCCUAUGUCAGCAGAAUAUUUCUUGCCCCAUUGGAUGAGUUUGAGGACAAACAGAUGUUAGCCGUCGCAGGCUUCACCAAUUUGUGUCUGGAGCCUCUCAAUGUCGAGCAUCGAAGGAUGAUGAACGGCUCAUGGGAUGAAAAUUGCACAAUUCUUCCGACGAAUGUUGGGGUGACUCUCUGCUCUGGCUCAGGGAAAAAGCAUCUAUCACCGUCCCUGCCUGCUGCUCUCAAGCCAAAGAUCCCACGUCCCGCUAAUGAGUGGAUUCUUUAUCGUGCUGAUAACCAUAUUCCCAUCAAGAAAGCCUAUCCAGGUAUCACCAAUAACGAGAUUUCUUCGAUUAUCGCCGGCAUGUGGGCUGCAGAAACUCCAGAGCGGCGUUUGAAGUACAAGAUUCGUGCCGAUCUAUUGAAGGAAGCUCACAAGAAGGCUUAUCCUACCUACAAGUACGCUCCCAGGAAGCCAAGUGAGAAGAAGCGACGUGCAUCCAAGAAGACGCUCACCAAACCAACCACCAACCAAUUAUCCCACAACAUCAAUACUACCACCUCUUCCAUCAGCUUUCCUAUUGCAAACAACAACUCUAUUGAUAAUUCUGAUCUAAAUACAUUUGGACUCAAUAUUCAUAUAAAUCACUCUAAUAUAACAGAACAACAACUUCAAUCCGAAAACUCCAGACUUACAUAUAAUGAUCAAUCAAUAGGUAUGAACUUUACAUCAACAGAAUCUUGGCAAAUGGUACAACAACAGGAUCUCUAUGACUUCUUCUCUCCUCGGCAAAUAACCUUGGGAGCCACAGAAAGUGAUAACGUCCAAAUCUGUCAAGGUAGUUCUAGCGAUAUGUGCUGGAAACGAACGGAUAUCUGA